CUGCGAUGAACAUCAGCUGAAUCCCUUUCUCUUUCCCUUUCCCGCUCUCUUUCUCUCUCUCCCCCUUUAAUUCUUCUCUUCCUUUAUCUCUUCCCUGUUCCUCUUCCCCUUUAUGCAAAACCCUCUGCCGUGCGCUUUUCGUGCAUGUCAGGGACUAACUAACACCAACUCCUAUGCCGAAUGCAUGAUUUCCUAAUCAAAUUUUCUGGUUGUUUGCGGGUCCUAUCGCCUGGGUCCCUACCGACCAAGCGCAUUUACGAGUUUGGAAUCGUUUCCCCUUACGGCUGGCUCGCCAGACCGCCGCUUCCGCAUCCCGCUCCCCUCCCUGACGUCACCGCCGGUGGCGGGUGCGGGUCCCGCCCCGCUGUCGCCGUGCUCGGGAGUCGCACGCGGUGCCUGGCCGUCCGCCCGCAGAUGGAAAUGUCAGAAGAUGAUAAUAACAUGGAAGAAUACCCCACUGAAAUUCAUGAUUAUCUCACAGCAUUUGAAAAGUGUCUUGGUUCUGUAGAUGAGAUGCUGAAGACAAUGAUGUCAGUUUCUAGGAGUGACCUUUCGCAAAAGUUAGAUCCUCUUGAGCAAGCAAAGCUGGAUUUGGUUUCAGUGUACGCAUUAAAUUCUAUGUUCUGGGUAUACCUGGCUACCCAGGGUAUCAAUCCGAAGGAACAUCCAGUGAAAAAAGAGCUGACUAAAUUCCUGUGCCUUGGGGAGCCUGCAGCCCCUUCAGGAUGUACUGAUGUAACUUCCAGUUGUGUUGAUGAUGGAGAUCAUGCAUACUUUGGAUUUUGGUGGGCUCUCCAGCGAAUUGCAGCAUAAUGUCCUGAGAGCUGUUGGGGCUAACCUGGGAUUUGCCUGAACAAUGUGGGCUGACCUCUUUGCUUUUCCGCUUCGGGAUCGAAGAGAGGGUGAGUGUGUCAUGGACAUGUACCUGUUCCCGGGAUGAUGCUGCGCUGUAGCUUGCUACGCGCCUCUGCCGUCUUUCACCCCCCCUUGCCCUUUGCUCCAGAGGGUGUGUGCUGCCCUCAAGACAUUGCUACAGUUUGACUAGCUGCUGCUGGUGAUACAGACACCGACUGCUGCCCUUGAGUAUUAAAAAAGGAGCAAUCUCCUUGCCCGAGCCACCCCCCCAACACACAAGGAAGUUUCUGGGCUCCUGUGUGAGCACCCCUGAGGCCGCAGGGGAGUCUCUGCAGCUCCUCUGCCCUGCCUGAGCCUCCAGUGCUUCCUGGCUGGUUGUGGUCAUAGCUACACAGAAAGUGGAAAUUGCUUCACCGGCAAUGUUGUAAAUGAUCAAAUUGGCAGCCAAAUUUAUAAAAAAAUUUUAUAAGUUUAUUAGAGCGACAACGAAAAAAAAAAAUAUUAUAAAACUGCCACAGCCAAGACAGCGUCAACCCCGGACUUUGACACUGGGUGAACUUAGGUCGAGCCGACAUAGCAUCAGCAUCUCCCCAGAGUGUCACCCCGACUGCUCCAUGCAGCCAGCUUAUUGUUAUGAACAAAAAAGUUACCUUUUUUUUUUUAAAGAGAAGGGGCUGCAGGGGAGUUUUCAGUUGAGCUAGGAAUUGAUCGCUGGCCAAGAGUUCUUUGUUAGUGAAAUGUUGGAAUCACCCCUUGAGUAUCCUUAAGUACCGCCGUUUAACUCUCUAUUGUGGAGAAUUCUUGUUUUUCAGAACCACCCUAGCCUGUUGCCAGGAGGAUGACAACCUCCCCUCAGACGGUGGAGAGAGGAAGAAAUUUGCAUCUCCGGAGACAUGCAAAUUUAUCUCAAAACCCAACUGCACUGGGACGGGACCUUCACCAAAUCCUGAAAAAUACCCCAAAAAAGACGAGCCAAAGCAGAAUUGAGAAGUCAAGGUGGUGUCUGGACAUCAAGGCCAAGGUCCGAAGCUGGCAGAGAUGCUUGAAAACUUCGGUCACUCCUCGCCCCAACUAUAAACGAUGCCAGUCGGACCCAGGACCCCCUGGACUGAUAACGCUAAUUAAGAAACCUGGGUAUACCCCCACUGCCCUUGCGAGGACAGGAUCCCCAGCCCUGGCCCCUAGGGGACAGAGCUGCAAAUCCUCCUCUUCUUAGUCACUGCUGGGAGAGGUGGCAGAACUCUGCAGAUCUGCUAAAACCCCAUUUUGAGCUGAUCACUUUAAAAAGGCGUUAAAAGGAGGAAAAUCUCCUGCCCUGUCUAUUUCACUUGCUUUCUGUCAUUCAAAGCUUUUAAAGAUGUUCUCUGAGUAGGGGUCGCAUGUGGAAAUGAUAUUCAUGUUGCAGGUAGACUAUAACUCUGGUUGUCACUGUGAUUUACAAAGAGGAGAAUAUAGGCAUUCACAGCAACCUAAAUAGUAUUUUCUUUUUCUCUUUGUUAUAAUCAAAUACUUACCUUUAGAGUAAAAAAAUCUAAUAAUGACUAAUGGGCAAUAAUCUUCUGGAUUAGCUGCAGAGCAUUCAAUAUCUCUUUGAGUAGCGAUUACUAUCUUUUUUGGGGGGGGGGAUAUCAAUUUAAAGGUCAAGUGCUUUCAUAAAAAAGAGUGAUUAUCCAGUAUUUCAUAUGUUGAACAAAAGCUUAGCAAGAUUCAUUAUGUGUCAGUUGCUUUUGUGUAUAGCACAUAUGCAGUGAAAUGGAUUGCUUAAUUAUCUACCUACCUGUCUGCAGGGAAAAGAUGUGACCAUAAAUAGAAUCUGUCAAAUAGAUAUUUUGCUUUGCUUGUGAUAGUUAAUCAAGUACUAUAAUGGUUUCAGGUUAUAAUUUGGCUUUUUUAAAAAUAGGUAAACAUUUAAAUUAUUUUCAUGCCAACAGCCAGCGAUUUGGUUAUAAACGGGUGAUUCUAUUGGGGAUGGAAUGUGGAAUGAAGGUGAAAAGGAGGAAGAAACAAAACAGCGCUAAACUUAUGACUGGUCCCUUUCUCUUUCCUUUCAAUUCUCAUACUGUUCUUUUACAAGCUAUAAAAGUAUUCUGUGACAUGAGGCUAGGGCUAUAUUUAGGACAAAUCCAAGCAAGUGAACUUGAAGCUGUUUUAUACACUCUUUUCUUUUUUAUAUUUUUUUAAUUACUCUUAUUUUUUCCUGGUGUAUUUUUAUUGGUUAAUUUUGUAGAUUUAAUAGAAUUGGAGGUAUCUUAAAUAUGUUCAAACAAAAUAUGCAGAAAAAAUAUCACAUUUUUGUUUUUUCAGUUGUUUUCCCCCUAUUGUGAGAUAGUUUUCUAACAGCUGAAGACAUUCUCAUUUAUAAUUAGGGAUUACCUUCUUAGUUUGUGAACAUUUUUUUCUGUUUCUGGAUUUUGUUUUAGGAUCAUGUUCUUUAUUCCUACUGAUGUGCCUAUAUUUGUCAAAUAAUUAAUGUGUGUUUGAUCUACUACAUUUCAAGAAACACUGCUGGGUCUUUGUGGGUUUCUGUUGGUCACUUUACAUGGCAGUAAAGUGACCAACACUUUACCUCUCCCUUAGGAGAAGAACAGCUUUUAAAAUUCUUUGUGUGAAGUCCAGCCACCAGCUGGACUUCUGUACAAACAGACAUCAACACUGAAGAGUAUAAGGUAUACACCCGAGUGACAACAUGCUAGGAAAAUUUUUAUCAAAUGCUUUUGUUAAGUUUUUUUUUUUUUAAGGAAAAUGUCUCUAAAAAUGUAAAAUCUAAAUUUUAAAAAUCCUGUUGCUGUGGUAGAAGGUAUCUAAUAAAUACUAUAAACAUCUCAAGUAGGCUAGGAAUUGUAAGGCUUUUCUCAUUUAUACAGACUCUCUUAGGAUAAGCUGUUUUAUCUGCAGAGGGGGAGAGAAAGGAGACUGGUGGUUUUAUAAAAUGACAGAUCCCGAUUAAUAAGAAACAACAACAAAAACCCCCAGUGAGUUUUCAUCUGUGUUAUUGUAUAUUAGCCCCACUCCAUGCAUGAAAGUUUUUCUUAAUUAUGUGAGAAGUGAGUACCAAGACAGUUAAGAUAAUUCACUUGAUGAAUACUGCCAAAAACCUGUGUUAGGUUUUGUGUCCCUGCAGAGGGUUAAUGCCUAGUGCCUAGGUGAACAACCACCUUUUAAACAAUAGGCAUUAGCUAUUGAGCUUUGUUGCUUUCUUCUUCUUCUUUUUUUUUUUUUUGGGGGGGGGGCGGUUUUCUCAUGGCUGUACACAUGGUAAAUCUUUAACUUCAGGUGUCCUUCAAAGGUGACCAACUAAAAUAUUAGCAAAAGAAAUGUUUUAUGGGAAAAUGUUGGCAGAAACCCCAGCAGAAACAGGUGGUAUUGGGUUAUUUCAAUAUAAUGUAAUGAUGCAGCCAGGUUUCCAUCUGGACAGCAUGUGGUUGUGUCUACUUAGAGAGUAUCAAAGGGUGUAAGUAUGCACCAGGGAUAAUGGUGGUGCACAAAAGUGUAGCUGGAUGGCUACUGUGCAAAAUAAUAGUCAGGGUUCCAGGUCCUCUGGGUUAAAUACUUUUCCUGUCAGAAUCUGAACUUCUUCAUAAAAUAUUAAAGAUGAAGCAAACAUCUGAUAUGCAAUGCUGAGCCAUGUAAUUACAAGGCAGUUCCUGGAAGCCACGUAUUGUUCAUAUUAUAGCUAGGCGUUUAUUAUAAAAGAGUUCAUUACCCUUGGAAGCUAAGAUAUAUUUCAAAAGAGUCCCUGAAGCAGAGGUACUUUCAGCAAGCUUUACUGUAUGAGGAAAAAAGCUCCAAGUAAGUUGAUCAGAACAUAAUUAGGAAACAGGAGAGGAAUUGGAUACACGAUUGCCAAGGAUCAGAUAAACAUCUGGAGUAAAUGUCUCCAUCUUCAUAGGCUUCACUGUAGGCAUGCUGAAUUGCACUGGGUAAUGCAUUUUUAAAACCAGAUGUGGUAUUCCUUUGUACUGGCAGAUCCUCUCACAAAUCACAGCUUUGCUAAGAUACGCCACAGACCAUCUUCACACCUGUGUGCUCUCUGUACAGAGGCAAAUGAAAUCUGGUAACAAACACUGGCAAAGGCUGAACUGAGGACAGGAGGACAGGAUUUAGUCUGAUGCAUUUACAGGGAGAUUUGGAAGAUACCCUUGUAAAAUGAAGUUUUGUGAGCAGGGGUGUAAUGAGGAAGUUUGUGGGCUAAGAGGAGGAGCAACAAGCUCAAACUUCCUUGGGGCUGUCAGCAGGAGCAGAGUUGACCCAGAGCCAUUUCCAUUACUUGGAAGUGAAGAGCAGUGUAUCAACUCUUGGGAAGUGUAUUCCACACACAAGCAGUGUAUCCCAUGGGAAAUAAGGGGCUCUUAACAAACACACCAGGCCUGAUUCUUUACUGUAUUUUGUGCACAUUUAGUCCUUGUUUACCAUAUCAAUCAUCUUGAUAGCAUUUGACACCCUGUGUCAGUUGAUCAGCACAAAUGUAAAUCAUGGAAGCAGGGCUGAGGAAAAUUAAGACCAGGUCUUAGGCUGCCAUGAAUCACAUAGUAUUUGUGGGCUUCUCUAAACAAGCUGAGGAACUGGCACAGGCACUUUUUCACUGCUGAUAUAUCACUUCUAUACAUGUAUGUGUUAAAAAUUCCCAAGUCUCUUUUCCCCUUGCUCAUGGAUGACCUGAUUAAACUGGAAGUAGUUCUUUCUGCCAGGGAGAAGAACCACUGAAAAUUUAGCAUGCUGGCCAGCAGCACUUGGCAGCUAAAGAUCAACAUGCUGCUGCCAUUAAUCGUUAGUAUCACACAGAGGUGCCAAAAAGCCAUGGAAAAUAUGAGAUGACAUCCAGCAACUGAUAAAUGUGAUGAUUAAAAAAUCAGCAAGUAUUUAACAGUAAUGGGUAUUGGACAGUAUUUGGAAGGAACAACCCUUACCAUUCAGCUGAUAUUAAAAAACCCAAACCCAUGCAUCUGACACUGGCUAAUGAGGCUUUGUGCCAAAGAGAGAUCCUUUCCCCCUUUACUGGACAAAUCCAGCUCUGGUUCAUAAUGCCUGUACUGAGAGAAAAUGUAAUUAGAACAGGUACCAAGGGCCAGACAUCUAAGGCCUCCAUCCAGACUGCUUAGAAAAAUGAGGAUAUUCUCCUACAAGUGGCAUUCUAUGAAAAGUGAUGUUAUCUCACAUAUCUCACAGUGCUGUAGGUUUCAGUUUCAAGUUGCAUAUGUGCUGAAGUGCUUUGCUGGACCAGGGAAAUCAACGCUUUUCCUGGAGCUCCAGUGACUUGAGGGAAGCCAUGUGAUGGUGCAACUUGAUUUUAUUGUUCAGUCUCACCAUGUUUGUGGUCCUUCCUGAGGGGACCAUGCCUCGGUGUGUGGUGUGUCAUUUCCAUUCACUUUGCCCUUUGAGGUCCAUGGAGGAACAGCACUGUUCAAAUUACAUUUUAAAAUUGUUGGAUUAUGGCCUUUCAAGUGAAAUCUUUUCAGCAGACUAAAAUGGUUUAUGUAUUCCCAGUUACCUCCAAGUUCAGAUCUGUGGCUACUCAGGCCAUGAGUUUGUGUGGCUUCUUCCCUUCCUUGCUGAAAAUAAAGCCAUGCCUAGACACAAGACUAGCUUUCUGUGAUAUGUAGCUUUUUCCUCCUCUUGCCACAAGACUAGAGUUGCUGGGGCAGCAGAGAGUUUUUCCAGUCAAUUAAGCAAGUUGCAAAUGGUUCUUCAAUCUCCAUAGAAGCUUCAAAUGAAUGACUUGUGACAGCAAACAGGCUGAAGGUAGCACAGAUUUAGGAUGUCAGUGCAUGUGACUGUCUAUCUACAUCCUGAUUAUGAUGCUGAUUUAAUAGGUCUGGUUCAAGGCUCCUUGGCUGCAUGGACUGAUUUGAAUUUUAUUUUACCAAGGAUGAGAGGAAUUAAGAUAUCCCUGAUCUGAGCAUGACAAUGAAGUAAUGGGGGAAAAAAAAUGUGAUGGAGCAUAUGACCAGCUACUGUCUGUACUUGUAAAUCCCUGUUCAUCUCCUGCCUCCAUUAUGUUCCUGGAACAGCCCUUUGCCACUCCCCUUUGCAGUGCUCUGUACCUAAAACCAGCGUGUUACCACAGGUACAUUAAAAGUAUAGUACUGCAUGCUGAGAGUUUAAGAGUUCUGAGAAAGCAAGAGCAAAUUUGGUGCAUUCACUCCUCCUCAGAGAAUUUUUCAUUCGGAUAAUCCUGUCUAGAUACAUAACAUGGUCACUUCCAUGUUAGAUCUGGAAACAGCCAAGGAAUUUCGGUGGUACCUCCUCUGAGGAGGCUGUCAGCUGUCAGUAAGCAAGUGCCUGGUGCUUCAAGGAGGAGGAGAUAAGGAGAAAUCGACAAUUCUCUAGAGGAGCCUUAGCUGUAAAAGCAGUCCUAAUUUUUGUCCUACUUUCUCUUCCCCACACCUGUAUUAACAAGCAGAGUAACUGCUUUGGGCACUGAGUCAGGUUGACCAAAAUCAUUACCCUCCACUUAUGAGGAAAGAGCAGAUGGUCUCAGUGCAGUUCCAGAUGUGGGAGAGAUUUAGUAAUGAAACACGCAUCGGGUAAGGGAGGCUAAGAAACUUUUGGGUGACAUGAGAGGGAAUGAUCUAGUAGUGAUGCCAUAGUUUCUGCCAGCACAUCUCUGUGCUGUGGGACGGGAAGCCUGAAUUUGUUAGUGGAAAAGACCAUGGUUCCCAUUCCUCUGGAUUUUGGCUCUUGCAAUGGAGUUAGUGUUUGCUAAUUUCCUUGAUCUUUUUGGUUGAUGAGCACAGUGCAUCUCCUCAGCAUGUCUGAGUUUUCCAUUUGAAGUCUGCAUGUGGCUUUGAAUUAAGAAAGAGUUUGGGUUGGAAGGGACCCUAAAUAUAAUCUUGUUCCAAUUCCACUGCCAUGGGCAGGGAAUCUUCCACUAGACCGGAUUGCUCAGAGCACCAUCUAGCCUAGCCUUGAACACUUCCAGGGAUGGGGCAUCCACAGUUCCUCCGGACAAUCCAUUUCAGUGUCUCACCACCCUCACAGGAAAGAAUUUCUACCUAAGGUUAACCUGCCCUCUUUCAGUAUAAAGCCAUUUCUUCUUGUCUUGUCAAUCCAUGCCCUUGUAAAAAGUCCCUUUCCAGAUCUCUUGUAGCCCUUUAAGUAAUGGAAUGGCUGCUAUAAGCUCUCCCUCCCCAGAGACUUCUCCAGGCUGAAGAGCCCCAACUGUCUGUCAAUAAGAGAGAGAUCUGUCUCAAUAAGAGAAGUGCUUCAUGCCUCUGAUCACCUUGGUGGCCUACUCUGGACUUGUCUUAGCUGGCCCAUGUACUUCUUAGAUUAAAACCAUAAAUCUUGGAUACAACACUGCAGGUGGGGUCACACCAGAGCAGAGAGAGUCCUCUCAUUCACUUGCUGCCCACUCUGCUUUGAUGCAGCCCAGAAUGAAGAUGGUUCUCUGGGCUGUGGGUGCACAUGUCGGGCACAUGUUGCUUCUCAUUCACCAACGCCCUCUACUCCUUCCUCUCAAGGCUGCUCUCAAGCCAUUCUAUGCCCAGCCUCACUUUGUGCUUGGGACUGCUCUGGCCCAGGUGUGGGACCUUAUACUUGGCCUUCUUGAGGUUUGCACAAGCUGACUCUCAAGUCUGUCCAGGUCCUUCUGGAUGCCAUCCCUUCCCUCCAGCCUGUGACCACACCACACAGUGUGGUGUCAUCGGCAAACUUGCUGAGGGUCCAUGUCACUAACAAUACCUGUGGAUUCUUUGCUUCUUUUUCGCUAAGGUUGGGAUUAAAUGCGCAGGACAGUAUUUCUUGAUUGGACUCAGAUGUUUAUUAGUUCUUAUCUAUAUUACAGUCUCACAAACUGUGAGUUCUACAGCACUUCACGCUAAAAAAUUAAAAAUGGAACUGUAUCUCUCUCUACAAGGCCUUUUAAGGAUAAACUGUCUAAUUAAGAAAUGAUACCAAAAUUAUUUUUACUUUUAACUUAAUAACCAACCACCCAUAGCCUGCAAUGCGACUUUUUUAUCGAAUUACACAAUUCUACCCAAACCCAUGAAGAAGAAGGUGAAGAAGAAGGACUAGCCUCUGACCUUAAACUUCUAUUUUACUUUAUAUAUAUUACUACAUUCUAAAACCUUAACCUCUGUUUUCCAUCAUGUGAUAUUCAAACUUUUGAUAUUCACUUCUAUUCAAACUACACACCCAUAAUCCCAGUUCUAUUAUUCAAUUUUGGAAGCCUUUUCAUGGUUUCAGGUCAAAUGUAGUGUUCUCUUGCGGAUCACUAUUUGUCAGCACAGAAAGUCUAAAAUUCUUAGUAACCAGGGUUCCAACAAAUACCAACCAUGGAGGAAUGCCUUUUGUCACUGUGGUUUACCUGGACACCAAAUCAUUGACCAAAACUCUCUGAGUUUUCAAGAUCUGUCACCAUCCAGACAGAUCUUUGGUCAAAAAUACUUAGGAAUAGACUCAUUGACUCAUGUUUACAAACCCCACCUCUCCCCAGAAACAGGUCAGAUCCAGGACAGUCUUUUCCUUAUCCAAAGAGGUUGCAACUUCACAGCUGCCUGAGGAUUUGAAGGCUCUCUGCUCCUGUUUUGACAAAUAUAAACCUAUUUGCUGAAUUGGGGUUGUGUCUGUGUCUGCCACCAUGGUUCAUAGGUCUGCAUCUCAAAGGACCUUUGAAUCAUUUUGGGUCUAUCCAGAGUGGAGAAAGCCUGUGCAGCUGAACUUGUUCCAAAGCAAUUCAUCAAUCUGUAACAUUUUCAAGAAAGUUUUAUUUUGCCACUGUGUCUACUAAAGAGUUUAGGGCUAUCCUGGCAGAGGAUCAAACCCUGUGUUAUUUGGUACUGUACUGACUUCAUAAAGAUUUGCAGGAUGGACUCAAUUAAGUCUAAAAAAUUAGGAAGGUGUCUGGUCUUUCUGGUCUUUACAUUAAACGCAUACUGUUUCUCAAGUAUUCGGGAGUUGAACACAUGCCACAUUUUGAAGCCAGUAUAUUUGAAGGUCCACAAAGAAAUGUACUAUGCUACGUAUAAUGUAUUUCCUGGAAACAAUCUAAGGUAUAUUUAUAUCUUCUGCUGUGAGAGAUGUUAGUAAGUGCUUCCAGUAAAAGAGCAUAUAAAGGUGAAUCCUGAAAAACAAGGUAAAGAGUUGUAGGAUAUUAUUAUUUAUCUUUGAGUAAAGUUGCAAAACUCUCCACCUUCAUUUCAUAGGAGCCCUGGCUGAGUGUCAAAAGACAUAAUAAAAACAAUCAGUAUAUUCUCAUUUUUCUAUGUGAGAGGAUGAAGUCGUGGCAUAUGGUCAGCUCACCAGUGCUGUUAAUAAUAAACCACAGCUAAUUAAGUGCUGAUUUAUUCCUCUCGGUAAGUGAAACAAAUUGCUUUAACGGCUUUUGCUGAGGACCAUCUAGUCAGAUGGAUUAUGUAUAGAAAGUUCAAGCUAAAACUUAUUAGAGAUCAUGUUUCAGUGUGGUGGAUUUUUAUGGUAGAAACAAUUAGAAACAUAACAGAAUGUGUCCUGUAUUCUCUUUGAUGGAAAAUCAGAUAAUAAUCUGGGGAAAAGUCUAAUUCUCAACACAGCUGCUCCCCUUGCUCUAUUGCACCAGAUUUAAGCUGGAUAAAAAUGGAAACAUGCUUAAAAAAUUGAUCAUAGCUUAUAAUGGCAAUGAUCACCUUGAAAUUGGUUGUGACUACAGUUAAUGAGCAGAGUAUUAGAGCGUAAAAUGCCCUCAGAUUCCCUCAGACUAUUAGCUAACAUGUUGGUUGUUAACUGCUGGUCAGAUGGUAUCUUUAUUUGGUGAUCCUCUUUCAAAGACAUGGAGUUGAUCCUCGGAAGCUGUGGGAUGGGGUGCUUCCUUGGAGUAGUGGCAGAGAGAAAGUGGGACCUUGGACAGGUAAUCUCCUUUGUGAGAAUCCCCUUUUCCCCAUAUCUGUAGUCUAGUUCCUUUAGAGCGUGAAUAUUUGUGCAAAUGCUGCUGGCUGUGAGCUCCCACUACAGCUUUCCCAGAGAAAGUUUUUGCCAAAAAAGAGGCAGGGCAACCUGUUGCAGGCUAUUGAAGGUCUCACAGAGGCAAAUCCUGGGGCUCUUUGCAAGUAGAAGCUUGGCUUGGCAGACUGGGAUGGGGAGAAGCCCUUCCAUUUCAGGAAUGUUCCAUGGGAUUUUGCACUCCUGAUGGUAGCAGUACUGUACAGUUGCAAAAAAGAUAGGAAUUGUUCAGUUUGUUGCACUGAGCUUUGCAAUCUAUGUUCCUUUUUUUUGCAUUGUUCUCAUAGUUCCUUACAAAAUCCUGCCUGAUAUGGAGAUACUGCUUUAGUUUAGAUGCUUACUGCUUUCUGAGCUGUGAAGUAGUAAGGGGCUAAUAAAAUUAUAUCACUGGAAUUACCUCUGCUAACCUAAAGAUUCAAUUUUGUCUUCUGAGUUUUUCUGACUUUCAUAAAUUUAUGGUUUACUGGUCAAAGUUUUGAUAUCUUUGGAAAACUUACUGUCACAGAGCAUUUAUGACUAACAUUUAUGUCUUGAUCCCAGAAGUCUGAAGUAAUAGGAGCAAAUUUCACUAUUGCACAUGCUAUAUUUAGAUGUGUUUUUUUCUCAGCAGUGUUGGGGCCCUUGUUCCUAGAGAAAUAGCUCUUUACCAGAGCUAGUUGUAAUUUGUGGCAGUGAAUUUUUUCCCAUGACUUGUGAAGUGUCCCCAACAUUAAAAAUCCAUAUGGAAACAAA